AUGCAAAUCAUUCAAUCAAAGGAAGAAUUCAUAAGGUUUCUAGGAGAAGGCUCCUUUGGUUGCGUUAAUCUCGUCCGCUACUCCAAUCCCAACGACGGCUCUUCUUACCUCUCCGCCGUCAAGAACUCUUACGAAGAAGACUACGCCAAUCUCCAAAGCGAGUUAGACAUCCUGCUCGAACUCAGGGGAUAUCCCAAUAUUGUUACGUGUUUCGGAGACUCUCUCGAAGAAAGUUUCCGCAGAUACGGGAAGAAACUCUACAAACUCCAACUCGAGUUCGCUUCUGAAGGUAUUCUAAGCGCUUUCAUGGACAAUUACGCCGACAGAAAGUUUCUGGAACCUUUGAUCAAAGAUUUCACGUGGAUGAUUUUCGAAGGUUUGGUCUCGGUUCACGGCCACGGCUAUGCUCACUGCGACAUCAAACCAGACAACCUACUCGCGUUCCCUUGUUCGAGUAGUGAAGGUUACGAGAUCAAGAUUUCCGAUUUCGAUAGCGCGUUAGAGGUGGGAGACGUUCCCAAGUUCUGGGAAACAAAUAUGCCGUGGAUGGGGACUCCGUUCUACAUGUCUCCGGAGUCGGUCCGUGACGGGGUCGCCGAGAUGUCUGUAGACUUGUGGUCGGUGGGAUGUUUGGUUCUGGAGAUGUACACGGGCGUGAUUCCAUGGGAAGGUGUUAAUCUCCAUCUUCUAGCUACUCUUCUCCGUUGUGGUGAAGCUCCUGAGAUCCCAGAGAGUUUACCUUCCGAUGCAAAGGACUUUAUCCAGACGUGUUUCUCGAGGGAGCCUGAGGAGAGAGGGAGCGCUACUGAGUUGAUGUCUCAUCCUUUCUUGUCUCGUCCACAAGUUGAAGAGAAGAAAACAGAGGACGCGAAAACAAGAAACUUGUUUUUGUUGAAGUUGCUCAAGUUGAGAAUCAAACGAAGAAGUUCCAACAAGAAACCAACGACAGAUGCUGUCGUUGUUUCAGACAAGAAGCCUCUAAAGCUGAGGUUUUUUCCUUCAAAGGCCACACAGUUUAAGAGAACUCUGAACAAAGUCUUGGGGUUGAAGUUUAUGCCUGUGAACAAAUCGGCCUACUUCAGAUUAGUGUCUGUUUAUUAA